AUGCGAAAGGUGUUGCUGCCACUGGCUGUGCUCCGAGGCCGUGGUGAGGCUUUCGACUAUGUCGAGAUUGGCACGGCCGACUUCGACACGUUAGCGCAGCGUCUACAGGAUGUUGACGUCCGGGGCUUGUCGGUGGAGCCCGUUGAGGAGCAUUUGCGACGCCUGCCCGACCGUCCCAAGAAGGAGAAGGUUGCGGCGGCAAUCGCCGAGGUAGAUGGCUGGGCCGACCUUUAUGUUGUACGACCGGAAUACAUGGAGCCGCAGUGUAGCAACGAGACGGUUGCCUCGCUGGGCUUGCGGUACUGCUUGCCUUGGUGGUUCAGAGCCACGGCCAGUCUCGGAAGGCCCUCGAGCCUUGUGGACGUCCAUGCGGCCGAGAAAGCCGCUGAGGCCCAGAUGGUGGUCAAAGUCCAGACCCUCACCUACAGGUCCUUGAUGGAGAGAUACAACGUCACGAGCCUCCGAUUGUUGAAGAUCGACACCGAGGGCUUGGACGCAUUGAUUUUGCGACAGAUGUUGCGCUACGGAGAAGAGGUCGGUUUUUUCCCUGACCGCGUUCAGUUUGAGCGCAACAACCUCACCGAUUUGACGGGAUCCCAGCAGACCUUUGAUGCCCUGCAGGCCGCCUUUGACUGCUGGAUUCCACCAGCGGAGGAUGACGUGCACUGCCUUCGGCUGGUCGACAUUGCACCAAGUCGGCCGACGAUGUCGAGUGGCAGCGAAGAAGACCCGCCCUGGAUCCGUGUAGAGCUUCCCGACCGCCUCCCCGUGGCAGGGGUCCGUCUUCCGAAAGGCUUCCUUGCCGGCCCUUUGAACGCUUCCGUUGGAGACAGCCGCGACGCGUCGCAUCACCGCCUGUGUGGGACGCUUCUUCCCACGCUCCAUGGCAUCGCAGCCAUCCGCUGCCCUGCUGGCGUGGAAGGCCGCUUCCUCACGCUGACGGGCCCGACUGCGCCAACGCCGCAGGUCCUUAUCACGGGAACUUCAUCCGGCGCCUUUCGCAUAGCUGCCGGGAGGAGUUGCUGCCAUCGGGGGUGCCGCCCACCGGACUUGGCCCUCUUCGAGGGCUACGACGGCCGUUGCGAGGAGCGCUGUCGGCGCGAUGCACGCUGCAAGUUUUUCACGAGUUACAGCUCGCUCUGGUGUGCAACAUACGCAGACUGCGACGAGGAGAUCCCUAGUGCAGCGACGGUCCUCCGCGUAGGGGACGCCUUCGCUUCCGAGUUCUUCGGCGAGGCUGCCACGUUCGGCCUCGCAUCACUUCCAUAUGCGCCCAUCGUGCUACUGGCAGCCAGACAGUCCAGUGAGGACUGGGGUGGCGAGAGUGGCCGGGCCAUUGACGGCCUCUCCGAGACGCACUUUCUCCGCGGCAGCUGCAGUCACACAGCCGGUGGCAGCGAGGAAGAUCCUCGCGGCGCUUGGUGGGUGGCCGAAAGUGCGCGGCCGAACUGGGCAGUCGCUGCUGUGCGAAUCCUUGGCCGGUGGGACUGCUGCAAUGAACGGCUUGACAACUGGGAGGUGCGGGUGGGAGAUAAUCCCGAUCCCUGGAAGAAUCCUCGAUGUGGGCCCAGGCAAGGAAUGCUUCAGCCAGGCGGCCGCCGGCUGAUUCGCUGUUCAGGCGAAGCAGUGGACUUCAUGCAGGGCAGGUUCGUGGGUGUUGUAUUGCCUGGUGGCGAGCCCCUGACGCUGUGCGAGGUGGAGGCCUUCACCUUCCGCGUGCUCUAG